AAAAUUGCACAGACAUUUUCGCAAAGAUAUAGAUAGAGCUCUGUUUCAGAGGAUUUCUCUCACAUCCUUCUCUUUCUCUCUCUUGAAUCUUGAUCGGAACACCACCGCCGCGUCUUCAUCGUUUCUCUCUCUGAUAAGGAAGAGAAACAGACAAAGAAUUCUCGGCGAAGAAUUCUGCAACAGUGCGUGGGAUUUUUUGCAAAAGGAUAAACAUCAAUAUCCAAUCCUCCUGGAGAAAAAAUUUUAUCCGUUUGCCUCGAUUUCCGCAAUAUUUCUAUUUCUUUGAUAAUUGUUCGUUUUUUCCCUUUCGCUAACAACUUUUAUCGGAAUCUCGUUUCGCGGAUUGGAAAAAGAAAGUGAGAAGAUGAUGCGAAGGCAGCAGGAUCAGCAUUCUAGGGUUCUCCACGAGCUCUCGUCUAUGGUGCUGAACAUUAUCCGAUCCCCGCCGACGCCGAUUGAGUUCAACGACGAGUCUCCGGCGGAUGAUACGGUGGUGCCGGGCCCGUCGGCGGCGGUAGCGGCGAGGAUUCAGCCGAUUCUGCAGCAGAUAACGCCAGCCGGAUUUGCGUCGUUUCUUUUGGGGAUUUCGUUGGCCUUGAUGCUGUGUGGAUCGGUGACUUUCUUCAUUGGAUUCAUGAUGAUGCCUUGGGUGCUUGGCCUGGCCAUGGUUUUAUACUUCGUCGGGGUCGUUGCGAGCUUGUCCAUGCUUGGACGCACCAUUCUCUGCCAUUUAUCGUCCUCGUCAAGGAAAGACGCUCACUAUUCUGAAGUUGCGUAAAGUUUGUGGUUUUGUGAGAUUUGCCAUCAUCUCGAUUCUCUACUCCCUUGCUAAUAUUGUAUCCUACGAUGGUUGCAGCCUGGAAGCUUAUGUGAAGCAAGCAUUUGGAUGAAACAGCAUGAUAUGUUUUUGUUUUGGGUAGGCGGUGCUUCCUGCAAAGCUAAUUGGAUUAACGCAGGGGCUGUGGAUAUGUAUCUACAUAUAUAGCAAACUUUACAAGGGACUUCUACGGCAUAAAGUUAUUAUUUUGAUCUUUUGAUCGAAUUCUACACUCGAAGAAGCUGCGGGAAAGAAUGUCAGAUUAGCCAUUACCACAAACAUAUAUAUUUUGUCAUCUUGUUCUGUAAUCUUGUUAUGCGUUUGUCUCUCAGAAACAUAGAUGUAAUUCUUUCCUCCACUUCAUCUGUUUGAUUAUUAUGUCAUGAAUGAAAACGAAGCACUCCUAUAUAUAACUCAUUGCGUGUACUGUUCAUCAUC